AUGCUUUACAAGAUUGUCGUUGCACCUCGUCUGAAGUUAAGAAAAUUAGGAUUACCGUAUCCUCCACCAUCUCCGGUGAUAGGAAAUCUAAACGAUUUUGGACCUAAUAGUACACAUAUUGCCCAAAUAGAGUGGCAGAAAAAAUAUGGCGAUAUCUAUGCUGUGCAAUUCUUCCAUGUUCCUUCCAUUUGGAUUUCUAAGCCUGAUAUCUUGAGACAAAUCAUGGUUAAAGAUUUUAGUAAUUUUCCCAAUCAUUUUUCAUUUAAUCAGUCGCUGCCUCCUUUUGAUAAAACUGUAGCUGAACUACGAGAUCAUGAUUGGAAACGUGUCAGAAAUAUCUUAGUGCCUACAUUUACAACCUCUAAGCUACGCGUUGUUGUACCAUUAAUUAAACAAGCAACAAGUGAGUUUAUUCAACGAUUAAUUGAAGCUGAUACCAAAGGUGAAAAAUUAGAUAUGUGGAGCUCAUGUGGACAACUAUCGAUGAAAGUAAUUCUAGGUACAGCGUUUGGUGUCGAGAUUGAAUCAAAGGAACAAGAAGAGAAACUGACUAAAGCAGCCGGAGUCUUUUUUAGGACUGAUGAUAUGAGUAAACUACAAACCCUUUUACAGUUUUUAGUAUUCACGAUGCCGAAUGUUUUUAAGCAUAUAGAACCUCUCCUAGGGGGUCGAUUCUCAAAUGCUGUGAACUAUAUCGUUGAUAUAACGAAAAAUGUUAUCCGAGAGCGACGAGAUAAUCUUGCUGCUGGUAAACCUUGUCGUAAAGAUAUGAUGCAACACAUGAUCGAAGCUGGCGGUCAGGAUAAGCUUUCAGAUGAUGAAAUUGUAAGUCAGGCAGUUAUAUUUCUUUUAGCCGGUUACGAGACUACACAGAAUGCUCUAUCCUUUACAAUCUAUGCACUAGCAACGAAUCCUGAAGCACAGCAAAAAUUAAUCGAUGAAAUAGAUAGUCAUUGUCUUGACGGCGAUUCUAUCAACUAUGAUAUAAUAUCGUCCAUGUCUUAUUUGGACAUGGUUAUUUCGGAGACUUUAAGGCUCUAUCCUCCAGCUACUAUUACUAAUCGCGACGUUAAGAAAUCUACAACAAUAGACGGAAUAUUUUUCCCCGAUGAUAUCAUGGUAGGCAUUCCAAUCUAUGCUAUUCAUCACGAUGCUCGAUUGUGGCCAGAGCCUGAACGAUUUAAACCUGAACGUUUUACACCAGAGGCAAAAGCAAAUCAACAUCCAUUUGCUUAUUUACCGUUCGGCAAUGGACCACGAAACUGUAUCGGUAUGAGAUUGGCCUUAUUAGAAGUAAAGCUAGCUUUAAUCAAGAUAUUGCAAAACGUGGAAUUUGUAGCUAUAAAGGAAACGGAAGUACCUUUAAAAUUACGAUCUAUCAAUACUUUAGCUCCUACUAACCCGAUAUAUUUGGGCAUUCGAAAACGAUUUUAA